CAUAUGUUUUGGCAACCACCUACGUGUCAUCUCAUUCGCCGUCGCGUUUUGCCGACAAACUCUUGUUGGUUUUUUUUCCACUGUUCGCUCCCGGUUCAAUCCGAAAGUGCCGAAGAUAUCCAUCGGACGGAACGGCGGAAUGCGUAUUUGAUCCGUGGAUUCAAUUCCGUCAGCAUCGAAACAACGUGAACGUGACAAAGGAACAGGUCGUGCUUGUAUAGAAGCAGCAGCUAACUUUGUUCGAAGCCGAGGAAAGCCAAUGUGAAAGAACGAAAAAAAAAAUGAAUCGCUCAACAAAGAUAAACUAUCGGAAGACUGCCGGCUAUUCGAGUUUGAUCACCUUCGCCGUACUAUUACUGGCCUGGUUAUGCGGAUUUUCCAGUCGACUGUUCGCCGUCAUCCGAUUCGAGAGCAUCAUCCAUGAGUUCGAUCCCUGGUUUAACUACCGUGCAACGGCCCACAUGGUUGAGAAUGGAUUCUACAAGUUUCUCAACUGGUUUGAUGAAUCGGCGUGGUAUCCGCUGGGUCGAAUUGUCGGAGGAACCGUUUACCCCGGAUUGAUGAUAACCUCCGGAGGCAUUCACUGGCUGUUGCACACGCUCAACAUUCCUGUGCACAUUCGUGAUAUCUGUGUCUUUUUGGCACCCAUCUUCAGUGGGUUGACGGCCAUAUCGACGUACCUGUUGACGAAGGAAUUGUGGUCCGCCGGUGCUGGCUUGUUUGCUGCUAGUUUUAUUGCCAUUGUUCCCGGUUACAUAAGCCGAUCGGUUGCCGGUUCGUACGAUAACGAGGGUAUUGCCAUCUUUGCCCUGCAGUUUACCUACUACCUGUGGGUGAAGUCAGUCAAAACGGGAAGUGUCUACUGGGCCGUUUGUGCCGCCCUGUCCUACUUCUAUAUGGUUUCCGCUUGGGGUGGAUACGUUUUUAUCAUCAACUUGAUUCCUCUGCACGUAUUUGUUCUGCUCAUGAUGGGUCGCUACUCUCCUCGGUUGUUCACUUCCUACACUACUUUCUACAUUCUGGGUUUGAUUCUGUCGAUGCAGAUUCCAUUCGUUGGGUUCCAACCGAUCCGUACCAGUGAACAUAUGGCUGCCACCGGAGUUUUCCUGCUGCUAUUCGCUGUGGCAGCACUGAAGCAUCUGCAAACUGUCCUGUCCAAGCAGGAGUUCAAGAAAUUGUUUAUCAUCGGUGGUCUAGCCGCCGCCGGUGUUGUGUUUGCCGGUGUAGUUCUACUGACCAUGCUCGGUGUGAUUGCCCCGUGGAGUGGCCGGUUCUAUUCGCUGUGGGACACCGGUUAUGCUAAAAUUCACAUUCCUAUCAUUGCAUCCGUGUCGGAACAUCAACCGACGACGUGGUUCUCGUUCUUUUUCGAUUUGCACAUUCUGGUGUGUACCUUCCCGGUCGGACUGUGGUACUGUAUCAAGAAAAUCAACGACGAACGGGUGUUUGUGAUUCUGUAUGCGAUCAGUGCCGUGUACUUUGCCGGAGUGAUGGUUCGACUGAUGCUGACCCUAACUCCGGUGGUGUGUAUCCUGGCCGGGGUAGCUUUCUCCGGUUUGUUGGAGGUAUUCCUGAAGGAGGAUGCCACACCGAACAGCAAGGAAGGAAACGAUUCCGAACAGGAAGAACCGGCUGGCGAGAAGAAGCAGCUGUACGAUAAGGCAGGAAAGCUUAAGCAUCGGCCCAAGCAUGACAGUUCGGCACAUGGAGCACACGGCGAACAGAAUGUCGGUUUGGGUUCGAACGUGAAAAGUAUCAUUAUCGUGGCAAUUCUGAUGUUGCUGAUGAUGUUUGCCGUACAUUGCACCUGGGUUACCUCGAAUGCCUACAGCAGUCCGUCGAUUGUGCUAGCUUUUUACAACAGCAAUGAUGGUACACGCAACAUUCUGGACGACUUUCGUGAGGCUUACUAUUGGUUAUGGCAAAAUACAGCCCCGGAUGCCCGUGUCAUGUCCUGGUGGGAUUACGGUUAUCAGAUAGCGGGAAUGGCCAACCGGACAACGCUGGUCGAUAAUAACACCUGGAACAACAGUCACAUCGCACUGGUUGGUAAGGCGAUGUCUUCUCCGGAGGACAAAGCCUACGAAAUAAUGACCUCGCUGGAUGUCGACUACGUGCUGGUAAUAUUCGGCGGUGUGAUUGGCUAUAGCGGCGACGACAUCAACAAGUUCCUUUGGAUGGUACGGAUUGCCGAGGGCGAACACCCGAAGGAUAUUCGAGAAAGCGAUUACUUCACCGAUCGGGGCGAAUUCCGGAUCGAUUCCGAGGGGGCACCGGCUUUGCUGAACUGUUUGAUGUACAAACUCAGUUACUACAAAUUCGGUGAAUUGAAGUUGGAUUACAGAGGCCACGCCGGUUUCGACCGUACCCGGAAUGCCGUCAUCGGAAAUAAGGACUUCGAGCUCACGUAUCUGGAAGAGGCCUACACGAGCGAACACUGGUUGGUGCGUAUUUACCGGGUGAAAAAACCGCACGAAUUCAACAGGCCGGCCCUCAAGCCGGACGACCGGAUUGUACCGGCGGGGGAUUUCGUGUCUCGCAAAACGUCGAAGCGAAGGAAAGGACUCAUCAAGAACCGCCCGGUCGUCGUCAAGGGCAAGCGAAAUAAGUAAGCAAAGCCGUGAGCCUCCCUAAUUGCAAAGUAUCUUUUAUCGACUGAAUGCAAGAAGAAAAAAAAUAUAGGAAGGUGUGUAUUUCUGUGUGUGAUUUUGUCAGUACAUCAAUGAUUCGUCGUUAUUGUUUUGUGUUAAUGCAUCUCAAUCUGCAUAUUGCAGUCUAGUUAAAAGCAAAGCUCUUUAUUGCCCUCACCAACCAACGGUUGCAGCCUCCAGUCCUCUAAAAUAAGCAUAGCUGCUGUUAAUUCUACUUCGAAUAAUUUCGUAGCACACAGUAAUAGACAAAACAAAUUACCGCCCCUUUCAAUUAGUCCGGGAGAUUUCAUUCUCACUCACUCUUGUUCCGUAGCACAGAGCCAGUAGCGUAAUAGAAAUAGUAAUUAUUCGGUUUAAAGACUGUUUAAUACCGUGAUCGGGUUAUUUAACUGAAGUGCGUUUAAUCCUUGGUUAAUAUCUAGGCACAGAAUAGAAACGGGGCGUGUUCUAAGGCAUUUAAGAAUCGGUUCUCUGCAGAUGAUCUGCUUAAAAAUUGACGAACCGGAAAACGAAACCAAUUUAGCAAAUGGGAAAAUUUACUUUCACUGAAUCAAUAAAUAAAAUUACUCUAAAAAUA